CUAAUUUUGCGGGAAAUUUGAGAAAUGCUAGAGUUACUUCCCUUAUUGAUGGACAGCACCUGGCAGGCUGGUGUAAAAUUUAUGUUGACAGUGGACAAUGAGAAAAACAAAAAUGAAAUGACGCAUGUGACAAGUUGAGAUGUUCAUCACUAGAUAUUCAAGGGCUGUUCACUAAACCUAAUAAAAAAUGGGUGUGACUCAGUUAUGGCAGAUACUUGCCCCAGUGGAGCAGCACAGGGCACUGUCCUCACUGUCUGGCCAAACUCUUGCUGUAGACCUGUCAAUUUGGGUCUGUGAAAAUCAGUGUGUUAAACAGAUGCAAGGAGUUGUAUCAAAACCUUAUUUAAGGAAUUUGUUUUUCCGCAUUUCUCAUCUUACACAGCUUGGUGUAAAGCUGGUAUUUGUUAUAGAGGGUGCGGCACCGGAAUUAAAAUGGGAUACAAUGAUAAAGAGACAACAGUCAAGGUUUCCAGGCCGACAAGGGAAACAAGCGCCACAAAGACCUGCCGGAAAACAGACUAGAAGGAAUUUCAACUCUUGGUUGAAAGAGUGCUGCGAGUUACUAGAAAUUUUAGGGAUUCCAUACAUUCAGAGUAAAGGGGAGGCUGAAGCCUUGUGUGCUCUGUUGAAUGCUAAUGGGUUGGUAGAUGGUUGUCUUACCAAUGAUGGAGAUGCAUUUUUGUAUGGUGCCACUACUGUAUAUAGAAACUUCACCAUGAACUCUAAGGACCCACAUGUAGAGAUGUACAGACUCAGUGACAUUCAAUCAAAGCUUGGUAUAGAUAGGGGCGGCCUUGUGGCUCUAGGUCUUCUGAUUGGCUGUGAUUUUGUACCAAAAGGUGUGCCUGGUAUUGGUAUAGCCAAUGCUGUCCGCUUGCUGCAGUCUCUACAAGGUCAGGAUGUUCUUAUCAGGUUACAGUCUUGGAGUACCAUGUCAGAGAAAGAAUGUGUUGAUCAGACGGAAAUUCUAGCUCGCAGAAAGGCUAUCCAAGUACCCGAUUUUCCACAGAUAAAGGUAAUAGAUGAAUUCUUAUGUGCCAAGGAUAGGUGCCCGUCAAGACUUCCGGAAUGGAAACGUCCAGUCCCAGCAAAACUACAGGAGUUUUCUCAGAUCAAACUUGAAUGGCCAUUGGAGUAUACAAUAGAAAAGGUGUUACCAUUGAUUACUUUGUGGGACAUGCAAGAUCUGUCCCAGUCUAAAAACCCUUCAGUUCAUCAACACCUGAAACCACACAGGAUUGUGAAAACAAGAAUUAGGCAAGGUGAACCCUGCUAUGAAGUUGAAUGGAUUAAACCAGUAACUGACACAGUGACCGAGGGCUCGUAUUAUGUUACCAUAGAGUCCCAAGAGUUAUUUACCAAAUGCUAUCCUACAGUGGUUAAAGCUUUUAUAACACAAUCCACAGAAUCAAAGAAAAAGCCAAAAGCAAAGAAAAAGAAGAAGAAGGAAGAGUCUGUACAGCCUCCAUCCCUUGACAAUCUGUCAUUCCAGUUUGAAAAGGUCAAUCUUGGACAGGUGACCUCCGUUAAAGACCUGCACCCGUCGUUUUCCGAGUAUGAUGAGACGACCCUCACCACAAAAGCCAAGCAGCCGAGGCACUUAACCCUUAGUCCUAAUGGUAAAAAAACUGUUAACAAAGGUGAAAGUUCAGAGAAUAGAAAACCAGUCAGUGUCCCAUUCUCAAUGUCUGAUGAAACAGUGGCACAUUCUGAAAAAGACCUUGAAAACAGUUCCUUUGUGCCUCUAAGUCAAAGAGUGAAGUUAAGAAUGCAAAAUAAGCAUGGUAGUAAUAAAGAAAAUGAAGAUAAGAAGGAAAAGAUUGUAAAAAGUGUUAUAAAUGAUGAGAAAUUCUCUAUAAUGAAGAGCCCCGGUGCAGACUUGAGUAACAUGAGUUCUUUGUUAGAAGAUAUUCAGAAUUUAUCUUUGAAAGAAGCAGAUAAAUUUAGACACAAGAUGAAAGAAAAACCAGGUUUAGGCUCAUACAACAACCCCUAUGAGCAUCUCUUCAAGGAAAAUGAGCACAAUGAAAGAUUUUCAGAAAAUGUCAAGUCCAUCCACUGA